CACAGGUUGACGCGGCCAGUGCAGGUCCAUGACAAUUAGACCGCUCAUCACUGCUACAUCAGCUCUUGUCGUGGCAUCUUCAGCCUCUUUAAGACCAGUGUGCUUGGUCUUCCAACCUCGCAAUCUCUCGCAUUGACCGCAUUGUCAUACAGCGGCCGACAACCUACGUUACCCGACCGGGUCUCUGGGUUGAUUAACGGAGCACGGUCCACACGAGGACCAUCGAGGACCAUCUCUCACGAACUUGCUAGAUCAUCUUGAUGGUGCUCUAGAAAGUGGGUUGCAGGGCGAUUCCACCGUGAAAGCUGCUUGACAAGCUUUCUCUUUAUAUAUACUCUUUAUUAACCAUGCUGAACCUCAAUAUCUUCCGGCUACUGGCCGAUCUCUCCCAUAUCUCCUCCAAAUGUGUCUUGAUAUGGGCUAUCCAUCGAAAUAAGAGCGCAGAAGGAGUUUCCCUUCUGACGCAGAUGCUCUAUGCUUUGGUGUUCGUGACUCGUUAUCUCGACCUUUUCUCGAAGGCAGGAUGGAGGCACUUCUAUCUCGUAUUCUUCAAGCUAUUCUAUAUAAUAUCCUCGUUCUAUGUUAUAUACCUGAUGAUGAGAGUAUUUCCCCGGACACGGGAAAGGGAGCGAGCCUGGAAGAUGGCUAUAAUAUCGGUCGCCCUAUCUCUGGUUCUGGCACCCAUAUCCAUUGUCAUCUUUUAUCGUGGUUAUCCCGAUAGAUGGUUCACAGAGACUUGCUGGACCUUCUCGAUCAUCUUAGAGUCCGUCUGUGUUCUCCCUCAAUUGUUGCUCCUGCGCCAAACGACCGUUCCAACAGUCAUCGAUUCAUACUACCUGCUUAUGCUGGGCUCCUACCGCGCCUUCUAUAUUCUCAAUUGGCUUGUACGGGGACUGGGCUCUGAGGGUCACUGGGACGUGAUUGCAGACCUCUACGGUGUCAUCCAGACGGCUUUCUAUGUUGAUUUUGCCUGGGUUUACUAUACCCGCCAACGUGUGAAGCUCCGAAAUGGCGGAGUUGUUGACUCGGAAGAUUUCCGCCACAGCUGGCUAGUGAGCAAGAUCCUGAACUUCCGGCAGCGGAGGAGUGCAGAUGAGGAGCAAAAUCUAAAUGAGGAGGACGUGGAGGACGAGGAGAUCGCUGGUGGCGGUAGACCAAGGAACAACCGCUGGGGAGCAAGAGGGAUCUCCGUCUCGGCCGACGAUACGCUGGGGAACCAUCGUGGGACAAGCCAAGACGAGAGUCUAGAAGGGUUCUUAGAAGAUGAAGAAGACGACGGUGACAAUAAUGGGUACCCUGUUAACGGGGGCGCUCAUCCGAAGCAGUCAACCGGGGUAACGGGCAGUCACGAAUGAACUGUCUGCCCUUAAUCCCCAUAUAUAGAAACCCUGCUGCAGAUCAGCCGGUUUUGGUUACACGGCUCAUUGUCCUCAGGGCAUUAUAUACUUCCCUAGGGCUCGUUCUCCCCUUUCGCUACUUUCAUGGCCUCUUUUCUUUAUUACUCGGGUUCUUGUUUGCAUGGAAUUUCUCUCACGUCAUCAAAGUUUUCACAAUCUCAAAUUAUUUCUUUUUUGGAAAUGUAGUAAUGCAAUAUGGG